AUGAUGUUAGGACGUCGUAGUCGCACUCAAACACUCGGCAAACGAUGCAUUUCGUUCUGGACGUCAGGUGAGAUAAUAUCAAGGCCAUCAUUCGCGUCAGAUAACACCGAGUUCUGGCGACACGCGAUUCUGUCCGCUUUGGAUGAUGCGCUCCUGCACAGUCGCUUUAUCGUGUCGCGUCGCGGCAGAAUCAUCGCGGUGUCAUUCAUACAUUCCCUCCUAUCUGUCGCCACGAUCGGAUUAAUCCGAUGUCGCCUCGAAACGCACAUUAUGCUUCGUUUGCUGCAUCUGUGGCCCCAGAUCGUCGUAGUUGUGAAUUCUGAGCACGAUGGCGUUACGUCGUGUCCUGAUAAUCUAGUCCUACUUAUCAGUGCUGAAUUGGGAAAGAGUAUGCCAACGUCCCGCUAG